AUGGGUACUGCUGUAGCUCAGUACCCACAUGGGAUCACUUCGCAUUCCUCUGGAGAUCUCGCUCACAACAAGUUGGGUUCUUCUUCUCGAUACUCCAAUUUUCCGUGUCAAUUGGAUUUCGCUCGGCUCGGCUUGCUUCAUCAAGGCUCUUCUGCAACUUCUUCCUCCAAUCAUCCCACGGUGUGUUUCCGCAAGCUCGGCAAUUUCCUUUCCUCAUUUCAAUCGGAUCUUUUUGAAUCCGGCAGUCGAAUAAAUGCUAUACCAGAUAUAGAUGACAUAUUCUGGGACCAAGUACCAACUCCCUUGCUUGAUAUGAUUGAGAACCCUAUUCACCUCAAGAAUUUGUCCCUCAAGGAGUUGAAGGAACUAGGUCGUGAAAUACGGUCAGAAUUAUCAAAUAUAAUGACACAGAAGCCGAACUCUUUGAAGGCUAGCUUGGCUGUGGUAGAACUAACCAUUGCCAUACACCAUGUUUUUCAUGCUCCGGUGGACAAGAUACUAUGGGAUGCAGGUGAACAAACUUACGUACAUAAAAUUCUCACAGGAAGGAGGUCACUAAUGCGUAUUAUGAGACAAAAGAAUGGUCUUUCUGGCUUUACAUCUCGGUUUGAGAGCGAAUAUGAUUCCUUUGGAACGGGCCAUGGUUGUAACAGUGUUUCUGCUGGUCUUGGAAUGGCUAUUGCACGUGAUAUCAAAGGGAAGCGUGAUCGAGUUGUUACUGUCAUUAGCAAUGCGACAACUUUGGCUGGUCAAGUCUACGAGGCAAUGAGUAAUGCCGGUUACUUGGACUCAAAUAUGAUUGUGAUUUUAAAUGAUAGCCGUCGCUCUUUACAUCCAAAGAUUGAGCAAGGGCCAAGCACUUCAAUCACUGCCUUAUCUAGUACCUUAAUCAAAAUUCAGUCUAGUAAAUCAUUCCAGAACUUCAGAGAGCUUGCAAAGGGUAUUACCAAAAGGAUUGGCAAGGGUACACAUGAAUUGGCUGCCAAAUUUGACGAAUAUGUCCGUGGUAUGAUUGGUCCUCAAGGAUCGACUCUUUUUGAGGAGCUCGGGCUGUAUUACAUUGGCCCUGUUGAUGGACACAAUCUAGAAGACCUCAUUUGUGUUUUGCAACAAGUGGCAUCUUUGGACUCCAUGGGCCCCAUCUUGAUACAUGUAAUCACAGAAGACAAUCAUCAAGAUGCAGAAUAUAAUGAAAAGACCGAGGCAGACAACCCACAGGAAGGUUAUGAUGACUCAGUAUCUUCCUUAUGUAGUGUGCAUACUCGAACAUACAGUGAUUGUUUUGUCGGUUCUUUGGUAAUGGAGGCAGAGAAGCAGAAGGACAUUGUUGUGGUUCAUGCAGGAAUGGAAAUGGAACCCUCCUUUCAACUGCUUCAGGAAACAUUCGUCGACAGGUUUUUUGAUGUUGGAAUGGCUGAGCAACAUGCUGUCACGUUUUCCGCCGGUUUAUCCUGUGGGGGACUGAGGCCCUUUUGCAUUAUUCCUUCUACUUUUCUACAGAGAGCAUAUGAUCAGGUAUAUCUUUCUCUCUGUCUAUGUAUCAUGUCAGGGCGAAGAAAAAAAAUCAGCUUAGUGAGAUGCUCCGUAUUGGGCUUUCCCCAGGUGGUUCAUGAUGUAGAUCGGCAGAAGAUUCCAGUGCGAUUUGUCAUCACAAGUGCAGGAUUGGUGGGGAAUUCCGGUCCCAUGUACUGUGGGGCAUUCGAUGUGACAUUAAUGUCGUGCUUACCGAACAUGAUCGUCAUGGCUCCAUCUGACGAGGAUGAGCUGGUGGAUAUGGUGGCUACUGCUGCCCAGAUUGAUGACCGACCGGUCUGCUUCCGCUAUCCAAGAGGUGCCAUAGUCAGGACAGACCAUUUUAUGCAUGCUGGGAUUCCCCUUGAGAUUGGUAAAGGAAGAGUGCUUUUAGAAGGUAAAGAGGUGGCAUUGCUAGGUUACGGGGCAAUGGUUCAGAACUGCCUCAAAGCUCAAGCCCUUCUUUCGAGGCUUGGCAUCCAAGUAACAGUCGCUGAUGCAAGAUUCUGCAAGCCUCUCGACACAGAACUUCUCACCCUCUUAUGCCAGAACCAUCAGUUCCUAAUCACGGUCGAGGAAGGUUCUAUUGGAGGGUUUGCAUCCCAUGUUGCGCAGUUCAUGGCUCUCAACGGCCAGCUCGAUGGAGCCAUUAAGUGGCGGCCUAUUGUUUUACCGGACAACUACAUAGAAAAUGGGUUGCCUGAGGAACAGCUAGCUCGAGCUGGAUUGAGCGGACACCAUAUAGCUGCAACUGUACUGAGACUGCUCGGAAGAGUGCGCGAAGCUCUCCUUUUGAUGUGCUAGAAAAAGAAAAGAAUACAAGAUUCUGUAAAUUGUAACAUGAGAAAUGAGUGUACAGAAAAAAGAGAAAGGUUGCUCUUACUGCCGUGCAUUGCAAGGAGGAUUGAAAAUCAUGCAGAUAGCAGACUAGCAACGAGCAUUAUGAACCGUCGUUGCUGAUUGUGGCGGCUGAAGAAGGUUCGUUGGUGGCAUCACCAUUAGUGCGUAAUCGUACAGCAGCGUAAGCUGCUGCUCCAAGUAAAGCACCAGCGAUCGGUGCAAUGAGGUAGAUCCACAGUCCUUUGUAGUUGCCAGUAGCUACAGCAGGGCCUAAAGCUCUUGCUGGAUUCAUACAUCCUCCUGUUGUUCCCCUGCUCCCCUUAGAUCAAGCCACAAAAAUGAUCGAUUUCAUUAUCCGUCAUUUGCUUCCUGGAAAUCAGUUGUUAAGAAACUUACCCAGCAAUGAGUACAUUGAGCAUAAUGGUAGCGCCAAUUGUGGCCGCUCCCAGUUCCUAUGUGCAUAAUAUCCAGUGAGUUAGCAGGGACUCCGGCCAUGACAGUACUCGAAUGCAACACAUUGAGGUUACAAACGCUACUAUAUAUGCCAGCACUAGGCUUUCAUAUCUGUCUGCAAUGGCGUUACAAAGUUUCUUUCUGGUGAGUACUGAAGAAGUACUUACAGUUCUGGUGUGAGUGACGGCGGAGACCACAAACAUCAGAAUGAAGGUUAUGAGAAACUCCAUGGCGAAGGCUUGUAGGUUUCCUCCGGAGGGAACGUUGGUUCCGGCUCCUGAUCUCACGGGGCCAAAUAACACCGCCAGCAACAUCGCCGCCGAUAUCGAUGCCGCAACAUGUGUGGCGAUAUACAACGGCACCUUUAAUUUGUAGAGAUAUUUAUGUACGAAUCCAAAUUAAUUGGUCACUAAAGCUAAAAUGGUCACUAAAUUAUGCGACCAAUACUCCAAGAUCGUCACUAUAUGGUGGUCUCGUUGUCAAAGAACUAGUUGGUUCCAAGAAUUCGAGUUGUUGGCAGCGGUUCAAUUAUUGAUUAUAUAUCACUUAGUGAUUAUAGUUUGAAGUUUGUACAGUUGUGUUUUUAUAAAUGAGGUCAUUAAUUAGGAUUCAAACAUAAUACCUCUCUUGAUGGUACUUGACAUGAUAUCAGUGUCUUAUAUGAUUGGGAGGUCUUCUGUUCAAAUCCCGACCGACCCUCAUUUAUUAAGCACAUGGUAUUUGAAGUUGUACAAAGUUCAAGCCCAUAUGAAUCGUCUUUGUUUUGA